AAGUGGUCAAUGUACACAAAACCUACAUUGGUUGGAUACAAUAGAAAUUUCUCCUGUCAAAAUGAUGAAAUAAUCUGUAUUUUUCUGUUGAUCAAGGGAUAAAAUUGAUACUUUGAAAGUAUUAGGCAGAAGUGAAGAUGGCUGCAGCUGUCAGUCUGUCUCGUAUGGUUGAUUUGGCCCUUGGCACACCUGAAGUGGGGGCUGUAAAUUUCAAUGUGCUUCAUACACUUCUGCAUGCUGUACUUUCAAAGCUUGAUCUGAGAGAUGUGAAGGCAGAACUCAGUGAGACUGAUCAGCAGCUUCUGGCUUCAGUACCAGAAGGUGUCCGAGUCCAAUCGGCAACAAGUGCCGGUAAGGAUAGUGGAUUAGAAACGGAUGGAGAGAGCGUCAAAGAUGUGGAACCUGUGCCAAAAAAGAAAUCGCAUUACCAUGUUCUCGAAGCCAAAGUUUCUAAGCUUGAAAAGGACUUGGAAAGCCUCAACAGGUUACCGAGCAAUGAAGAUCUUUUCGGUAGAGCAAAAGAUCCUUCAAAACCGAAACCUGUCACAGAUAUGUGGCAGUCGAUGCAACUCGCAAAGAGGGUUGAUGCAAAUGAAGCAGGAGUCGGAAAGCUCAUGUCCAUGGUUGAAGAUUUGUUGAAGGAAAUUCAGGACCUCAAAGCUGUCAAUGAAGCACUCAAAAAGCAACUGGAGGAGGCUAACUCAAAUCGGGACAGUGAGAUGAACGAACUGAGAAAACGGCUAAAGGACCUUGAGGAUAUGUUUGAAAAGAUUAAAAAUGAGAUGAAAGAAAUGAAGGAUAAAGUAGAAAACAUCAAGAUACCAGAUAUUCCCAAAAUAGAACAGUACACCGGCCCACCACCAGAAUUCUAUGAUGGGUUUGUCACGUGGGCGGCCCUCGAGAAGAUGCUCAAAGGUAUCCGAGAGGAUCUCCGGCCAAAGACACCUCCCCAGGCGAUCGAAGCGGCCAUGCAGACUGAAGCACAAAGGCCAGUGUCCUCCUCACCAUCGAAGGAACUUCAAGAUAUCCUGGAGAAGUUAGGUAAACUUGGUGUAAGACACGACUCUCUGGAAGUUAGGGUGACCAUUAUUGAGGAGGAACUUGGAAAUAAAGCUAAUAAGUCUGACCUUGAAGGCUUGGGUGGAGUACCAGAUGACUUGCUUGCUCAACUCGAGAAAAUCAAAGAGGACUUGGAUGCCCUCAUGCGACUCAGAGAGCGGGAUUUAAAAGACCGACAAAAGGACACUGACGCCCUGAACCGUGCCCACCGUGCUAUAUCUAACCUCCAGGCAGAGAUUGAGAAACUCAAAUCAACCACAGAAUACCUCUGUGAGCAGAAUGACAGCAAGACCAAGAAGAUCGAGGAAAUUUGUGAAACCACCAACCAGUUGGAGGAGAAGAAGGCUGACAAGGAUUAUGUUGAUGUCAAUCUGGACCUGAAAGCCGACAAAAGUGCCUUAGAUAAGAAGGUCAGCCAGAGUCGAUUUGAUACGACAAUAGAAGAGCUAAACAAAAUGCUUGAAGAUAUGCUCAAGAAGAUGGAGGGCCAUGAUUCUGAGUGGCGGAAGGCAAUUGAGGAGCUUACCAAGGAGCUUGACAAUAAGAUUGACAGAUUGGAGCUCGAUGCUCUGAAGGAUUACUUGGAGAGCCGUCUGAAGGCACUGAUGGCCAAGAUCAAGGCGGCCCAGGGCAAUGCUGGCUUCGAUGAGGAUGAUGCUGCUGGGUUCAGGAAACAAAUGGUGCAGAAAUUCCAUUGCAUAUCAUGUGAUAGGCCCGUGGACAUGAUUCCACAGCUUCCCAUACCAGCCCUCCCUGGUCAACCCGGUCUCCCAGGCACAAGGUCAGCCCGACCUUACACAACCUUCGAACUGGAGCAGAUCAGACAGCAAGCCAAACUCCAUGGCCAUGUUAAACCACCAUCGAGGCCGAAGGAAAGUGGCACUAACUUUGAGCGUGCUUUAAAAGAACGCAGGCUUGCCCAGUCCAAGAAGGUCGAGCGUGACUACCGUGCUUUUUUAGUGCACUAUGCUAAAGAAUUAAAAGGAUUAUCUUUCACUGGGCCCGAAGCGGCUGAACUCUAUGCAACCAACCGUGCCUGUGGAGGGACUCACACAAUGACCUAUCCUCACAGGAGGAUUACAAGACUCACUCAGUUGGCAACCCUGUUCCAUGAAGAGGAACCAACGCCGGCAUUCAAGGAGGAGCAAGAUAUCUUAGGUGCUGAUGGCCACAUAUACAAAGGUCGAAUGGAGGACCAAUUUACAAAGUUCCCAACAGUACCAAACGGACAGGUGACCGUCAUCAGACCCAUGUCGCCGCAGUACGGGAAAUCUCGUCCAACAGUGACUCCUAACACAGGGAGGCAAGACAUUAGCUCGCCGAGACCAGGGUCGACAAGAGGACGCCCGCAGUCAGCACAACGUCCUUCAUCGGGUCGACUCUCCGGUACAGGCUUUAUAAUUACGACGCCCCCAAGAACACAAUCUCCAGUGCCUGUUGCACCGCAUGGAUCAGAGAAUCAAGAUGUCCUGGAGAGCAUCGAAGAUGAUGCCCCAAAACAAGAGUAAUGUGGGAACUUUCCUUGAGAUUGAGAAACUAUUUGAUUUUGUUACAAUCAUUUAGUGGCCAAGUCCUUGUUUUGCUGACUACCAUAUUGGAACUCUUUGUGAGACAAUGCACGUUUCAAAACUUUCCAGCAUAGAAGCCCUUGAACUAUUUCUUAUUAGUAUAGCUGAAUAGAACAUCAUAUUUUUUUAGAUUUCAGUUUACAUGUAGACUUAGCCACACAGAAGCUGAAUACACAAUUUAUCAUCAAUACCCUUGUAGCUUUUCAUUAUAUCUUCGAAAAAUAUGCCCAAGGUCCUUUUUUCAGCGUUAUUUGUGCCUUAAACCCUGUAUCCACAUUGUUUUUGGGGACCAUAUUGCAUCAGUUUGGGUUCAUUGCUGUGAAAUACCCCACUAAGAACUUGCUUGAAUACGAUAUACAUCAGAAACAUAAUAAUAGAUUUUUUUUGUAUCUACUGCUUUCUGAACAAAGCUGGAGCCACCAAAUUGUAUCAAAUUGAUUGUGUUGGGUGAAAUAACGAAGGUGCAAAACUCAUGUGAUAUCAUAUCUUAAAGUAUUUCAGAAUCUUAAGUAUUAUAUUUGUUUCAGUUUUUGGUACGUUAAGCGGUCCCUUCCUUUUCUUUGAAUUGGAAAUUUAAUUGACAUGAUUUUGCACAGAAUGUCUGUAUAUCUUGUAUACAUGUAUGUAUGAUUCUAAUACAGGGUGUAUAAUAUAAUACAGGGUGUAUAAGUAUUGGUAAUGAAAAGUAGCCCAUUGUCAAAAAAUCUUGUUGCGUAUGAAUUACAUUUACUCUUGCACCAAACUCUAUACAGCUUGUCUUGGGUUUAGUUCUACGCUGUGACUAUUUUAACAUGACCAUGAUGAUAUUCUUGUAGGCAAUUUUAUUAUUAUUAUGUCAACUUUGGUAGCAGAUGGAAAUUUUGAACUAAUAAUUUUAUUAUGUCCAACCAGGUCAAAAACUGGUUUCAUUUAUGUACGUGACCAACAUGGAAAUUAGCCUACUAGAAAUAGUUUAUGGUCACAGAAGAAUAGCUACAGUUUCAUUUCAUUCCUUGCCAAAAUAUUGGUGAAAUAUGAAAACUGGAUGCACUCUGAAGCAACUCUAUACCAGCCUCGUAUAAUCUAGUGAUCCUCCUCCUACAAAUGAGCUAUGAUUUCUGUUUCAAUAUCCGUCCAAAUGAUAUUUAAAUUAUUGUCUUGUUAUUCCGACUGUGAUUGUUCAUGAAUGUGAAUAUUUUUAGUGCAAUUUUGUAGAUUAGAAAUGACAUAAACCACAAUACUUAGCUCACUGACAGCAAAUUUAGCCUCUUCAGAUUUAUCAUUGACAUUUCCAAAAACACUGAAAAGCUUAGCGCCGUGAACCUGAAGAUAUCUUUUUCCUUACAAAUGUAUGUGUAAAGGUUCAAUUUUGCAUCAGAAACUUGAGAGGUAAGAUGAAACUGAUUUUUAAUUUCAUACACUUUGUAAUUUCAUAUUACGUGUAUCAUACUUUUUUCCAUGUAUCAUAUAGUCUUUGUACUUGUUAGUAGCCUUAGUGUUAUCAGUUCUGCAUGACUGUAUACUCUGUUUUUUAAAGUGGCUUAGGAGCCUGAACAAACUAUGAGUGACGUUCUCAAGAUUUUUAUGAGAGGAAUUUUGAACUUUGGAUUUCAUUUUACUCAAAUGGCAAUAACACAAAUCAACCUUUCUAUCCACAGAUGUGUGAGUGAAUUUAGGUACACAUACAUGUAGUUGACACAUAUUAUCAUUACUUAGAAUGUACUUUUUAGUGUCAAAAGUGUUGACGAUGAACUAAGACAUUCCAUUGAUGUAACUUGAUAUGUUAAAUAGGCACAUUACACCAAAAUGGGUUGUAAGUUACACUUCGGGCAUAUGGAGUUAUCCAAUUGUUCAUAUAGCUUGAUAUUUAAGCUAUGUUUUGAUACCACUCUCAUCGUUGUAUCUUUUGUGGUGCCCGAGAUAUUUGGUGUUUGAUGUUUGGAGAAAACAACAAUCUUGUACACACACUCAAUUCUAGGUGUGGUGACUUACUUCCUGCUUUGGUGUGAAUGUGUCACAAUUGUUACAAAACACAAAACUAACUUGGAUUUGUUAACUAUUGAUUGUAUUUGUUGAUACUAUAAGUUGCUAAUAUAAUGAGAUUCAAGAAGUUUCCGUCCAUUGUUGACUGCCUUGAUCCCCACAGCACUUCUGCAGACAUAUCGAACUUCUUGAAACUUGGGAGAAAUCCCAGGCAGAGAUCUUGGGACAGUUUUCAACCAAAAAUCCAUGCAACAGUGCUGUAGGUCCAAUAAACAAUCAUCGUUCUCUGUUCGAGUGGAAACCUACUACCAGCCCUGGUCUCCCAGUAAGAAUCCAUAUAAAGGUUUUCUGCCUUGUGCAGUGGUGUUCGAGGGCAAGUCAGUGUGAAAGGUUGUGUAUAAUACCACCACUGCUGUUAUAUGCAUGUACAUGUAUUAUUGAUCUGUGAUAUUCGAAUCAUAGUGCUUUGUAAAAUAAUAAAUACUAUUAUUUUCA